AUGCAAAGAUACUCCCAAACAACAAUUCUUCUCGGUGGGAUCGCUAUCGGCGCUGGCGCUGUUCUAGUUGCGGACUGGCUCUCCGAUCGACCUUCAGAAACUCCCCGGGAACGAAAAUCUCCACCUGCUAAAGCUACGGAAGACAUACGAAACGGGCUGGAAGAGUGUAUCGGAAAUACCCCUCUAAUUAGGAUAAAAUGUCUCUCUGAGGCUACUGGAUGCGAAAUAUUAGGGAAAGCAGAGUUCCUAGAACCAGGAGGCUCAGUUAAGGAUAGAGUAGCAAUGAAACUCAUAGAAACGGCCGAGGCAGAAGGCCUCCUCACGCCUCAUUCCGGCGAUAAAGUCUACGAAGGCACCGUCGGUUCAACUGGCGUCUCUCUAGCAAUCCUUUGCCGAGCCCGUGGAUACCUAGCGCACAUCUGCAUGCCAAACGAUCAAUCCGCCGAAAAAUCCGACCUUCUAACGAAGCUUGGUGCGGAAGUCGAGCGCGUGCCCCCCGCCCCAAUCGUAGACCGUGCGCAGUUCGUAAACAAAGCCCGUGCUCGAUCUGAGGAGCACACAAAAUCGCCUAUAAUCCCGGGCAGUGGCUUCUUCGCAGAUCAAUUCGAGAACGAGGCGAAUUGGAAAGCGCACUAUGAAGGUACAGGACCAGAGAUAUUUGACCAGUGCGGAGGGAAGUUGGAUUGCUUUGUUGCAGGUGCAGGUACUGGCGGGACGAUAUCGGGGGUAGCGAGGUAUCUCAAGCCCCACCUUCCCAAGCUCAAAAUUGUCCUAGCGGACCCGCAGGGCAGCGGAUUGUAUAACCGUAUCCGCUACGGGGUUAUGUUCGAUGUUAGAGAGCGAGAGGGCACCCGGAGGAGACAGCAGGUGGACACCAUCAUAGAAGGCAUCGGGAUUAACCGUGUCACAGCGAACUUUGAGGCUGGGAGGCCACUAAUUGACGAUGCUAUCCGCGUCGGCGACGAGGAGGCGAUGGCCAUGGCUAGAUUCCUGGUCGAGCGGGAAGGACUGUUUGUCGGGAGCAGUAGUGCGGUUAAUUGCGUCGCAGCGGUACGCACAGCACUACAGAUGGGACCCGGGCAUAGAGUCGUUACUAUACUAUGCGAUUCGGGAACUAGGCAUUUAUCAAAAUUCUGGGCGAAGGCAGGGAACGUCGGCGGGGGGUGGAAGAUGACAUUGGAGGAGGUGCUCUCGGCGGAGAAGACGCGACCGUCAUUGCCCGUCUCUCCAUCUAGAGCUUCGCCUUUCCUGGGCUCGUGA